AUGGAAUCGGAUGGUUCUAAUAACAAUCAUGUGAAGUUAUCCGAAGCUCAGCUUGUGCAAAGCGAGUUCGGAUUACCUCUGGAAGAAGCUUAUAAAUCAGCUGUACGAUUUUACAAAGAGAAAGAGAAAUCAGGAGAACUAACAGUGUCAUAUAAUGAUCGAGUACAAUUAAUGGCCCUUAGCAAGCAGGUUAGGCUGGGACCCUACGCCGAGAGCAGUGAAUCCGCAGGAUGGUUUGAUUUCGUGGGAUCUGAUAUGACGAAAUCGUGGAAGGAAUUAGGUAAUUUAAACAAGGAGGACGCUAUGGCUUCUUUCGUCUUCAUGAUGGAUCGUGUGUGCCCUCCAUUCAAAAAUUUUUUAUCGGAUUCUGUAGAAGCUGUAGGUGAAGCCUCGGAACUUCAACAAAUUUCCAGUACUCAACAGUCUGCCCAAUUAGUGCAACAGCAACCCAAUUGGGAAUUGUUCGAAGCUCAAAGGAAACAAAUUCAAGACGCUCUGAACGCUCAAACAUUUCAUCAAUUCAGCGCGUACGCUAAACAACAAUAUCCUGAACAAGCAGAACAGGUAUGUACUUUACGGGUAUUUUUUAUUCCAUGA